AUUCAAUAUGGGGUCUUAUCUACGUCAUCAGAUUCUCACCACAUAUCAUCGACGCUUCUCUUUGUGACGUCACGCGGCAUCAGCAACCUUAGCUGCAGUGUGCGCUUCUUCCUUCAAGCCAUCAUCAGACACACGCAUUUGUGCGUUUCUGGGCGAUGGGCCAGGGGGCCGUGUCAGGGUGAUUCUGGCGGCCCGUUGGUCACCACGGGAAUCCGCGGGAAGCCAAUCCUCAUUGGCCUCACUUCGUUCGGGACGAAAGGCGGCUGCCAACUCUCGUGGCCGUCCGUCUUCACCCGCAUCACGUCCUAUUUGGACUGGAUCGGCGAAAGCGCCGGCAAAUUGAUGAAACCUUGAGUAAUCGGUUGCAAACUCAUGAGCCCUUACUCGCGCAUUAUUAACUCCGGUUAUUAUUUGUGUUUGAAUGGUUUGCAAUUAAACAGUUAGCAAGUUUCGAUGUUCAAU